CUCCGCUCAGCUGUCAUACGUCGUUAUUUUAAUUUAUGACGAUGAGAAAUGAGACAUUAUAAGUGAAAAGGUGCACUUUACUUUUGACACAUACAGACAUCAUCACCAAAUAUCAGAGAGCUUUCAUGAUGAAUCUCUCUGAAAAACAGGACACAAAAACAUACAAGAGAUUCAACGCUUUUAAUCAGACUUCAAAGCAGUUGUGUAUUUGAGAAAAAAACAACCAAUGGAUUUGUCAGAUCUCCACAGAGAAGAGGACUCUUGCUUUGAGCCCAGCUGUGUGUCCAUGAAGAGUGACCAGUCGAUGGAUCCUCCAGUUCAGUUCAGUUCAGGAGUCCCUUCUGCUGAUAUCAGUGUGUUUGAGAAUGACUCUGCUGAACCCAGCUGUGUGUCCAUGAAGAGCGACCAGUCGAUGGAUCCUCCAAUCCAGUUCAGUUCAGGAGUCCCUUCUGCUGAUAUCAGUGUGUUUGAGAAUGACUCUCCUGAACCCAGCUGUGUGUCCAUGAAGAGCGAGCAGUCAAUGGAUCCUCCAAUCCAGUUCAGUUCAGGAGUCCCUUCUGCUGAUAUCAGUGUGUUUGAGAAUGACUCUCCUGGGCCCAGCUGUGUGUCCAUGAAGAGCGACCAGUCGAUGGAUCCUCCAAUCCAGUUCAGUUCAGGAGUCCCUUCUGCUGAUAUCAGUCAGAAACAGGAAAGAUCAAAAUCACACGUAAUGAAACAGAACCUGGACUCCAUUUUCAAGGAGCUCGAGCACAAAAUUAUUUAUGUAAUGAAGAAUGAGUUAAAAGGUUUCAAGAAACUACUGAGUCCAGAUUGCGCAGAAUGCUCUGAAAGAGACCAUCCUGAGGAUGUGGGUCAUAGUAGAGUCAGAGAGGAACUUCUGAAGGUCACAGUGCACUUCUUGAGGAAGAUGAAGCAGACAGACCUCGCUAAGAUGCUACAAACCAAAAUGAUGCCUGUUCAUCAGAAAAAACUCAAAUCUAGACUAAAGGAAAAAUAUCAUAAAAUCAGUGAAGGACUGUCCAGUUAUGGAGGCGCGACGUGUUUGAAUGAGAUCUACACAGAGCUCUACAUCACAGAGGGAGGAAGUGGAGAGGUCAAUAAUGAGCAUGAGGUGAGACAGAUUGAGGCCAGAAGGCAAGAGACACAUGAAACACCAAUCAACUGUAAUGACAUACUUACACCCUCACCUGGACAAAACCAAUCCAUCAGGACAGUGCUGACUAAAGGAGUUGCUGGAAUUGGGAAAACCGUCUCUGUGCAGAAGUUCAUUCUGGACUGGGCUGAAGGAAAAGCAAAUCAGGAUGUUCAUUUUCUUUUCCCACUUCCUUUCAGGGAGCUAAACUUGAUACAGAAGCAUCUCAGUCUUGUGGGUCUUCUAAACCAACUUCACGCAGAAACAAGAGAAAUGAAAUCAGCUGAUUAUGAUGACUACAGACUAAUGUUCAUAUUUGAUGGUCUUGAUGAGUGUCGGCUUCCUCUGAAUUUCCACAACAAUCCCAGCUUGUCUGAUGUAACAGAAUCAGCCUCAGUGGACGUCCUGCUGACCAACCUCAUCAAGGGGAAUCUACUUCCUUCGGCUCUCCUCUGGGUCACCUCUCGACCAGCAGCAGCCAAUCAGAUCCCCCCUGGAUUGGUUGACCGUGUUACAGAGGUACGAGGUUUUGACGACCCUCAGAAGAAGGAAUAUUUCAGGAAGAGGAUAAAUGAUGAGAGUCUGGCUGAUAGAGUCAUCUCACACAUCCAGUCAUCAAGAAGUCUGUUCAUCAUGUGCCACUUACCAGUCUUCUGCUGGAUUUCAGCCACUGUUCUCCAAAGGAUGAUGGAUAAAGUAGAGAUCGCAAAGAUUCCCAAGACUCUCACACAAAUGUUCACACACUUCCUGAUCUUUCAGACUAAACUGAAAACAGAGAAGUAUGAUGGGAACUGUGAAACUGAUCCUCACCAGGCUAGAAAGACUAUUCUGUCCCUAGGAAAACUGGCGUUUGAACAGAUGGAAAAAGGGAACCUGAUCUUCUAUGAGGAGGACCUGAAAGAGAGCGGUAUUGACAUCAGAGAGGUGUCAGUGUACUCAGGAGUUUGCACCCAGAUCUUCAGAGAGGAGUUUGGACUGCAGUUGGCGAAGGUCUACAGCUUUGUUCAUCUGAGUGUUCAAGAGUUUCUUGCUGCUUUAUUCAAACUUCUAUCCACUUCUGAGCAAAACACAGGUCUGUGGAACGUGUUUAGGUCACCAAUGACCAGUUUAUUGAAAGCGGAAGUGGACAAGGCCUUACAGAGUGACAAUGGCCACUGGGAUCUUUUCCUCCGUUUCCUUUUAGGUCUCUCACUUGAGUCUAAUCAGACUCUCUUACGAGGAAUCAUUAGAAAAAGAGCAAGCAGCUCUCAGAGCAGUUGUGAACUAGCUGAGUACAUUAAACAGAAGAUCAGGGAGAAUCCCGCUUCAGAGAAAUCCAUCAACCUGUUCCACUGUCUGAAUGAACUAAAUGAUCAUUCACUAGAGCAUGAAGUCCAACAAUACCUGAGCAGAACAGAUGCCAGCGGUCUCUCUGGAGUUCAUCUGUCUCCUGCUCAGUGGUCAGCUCUGGUAUUUGUGCUGUUGAACUCAGUAGAAGAGCUGGAGGAGUUUACACUGAGUAAAUACCACCCAUCAGAGGAAUGUCUUUUGGGGCUUCUUCCAGUGGUCAAAGCAUCUAGAAAGGCUGAUCUUUCCAACUGUGGCAUCACAGAAAAGGGAUGUGCAGGUCUUAAAUCCGCUCUGAAAUCAAACUCCUCACACCUGAGAGAACUGAACCUGAACUAUAAUUAUCCAGCAGAUUCAGGAGUGAAGCUGCUCUCGGCUCUACUGGAGGAUCCACACUGCAAACUGGAGAAACUACAUCUUUCCAGCUGUGGUAUUUCAAAAAAAGGCUGUGCCGCUCUUGCUUCAGCCCUGGGAUCAAACACCUCACACAUAAGAGAACUGAAUCUGAACUAUAAUAAACCAGGACAUUCAGGAGUGAAGCUGCUCUCGGCUCUACUGGAGGAUCCACACUGCAAACUGGAGAAACUACAGCUGAGUUACUGCAGUAUUCAAGAGAGAGACUGUGCUGCUCUGACUUCAGCUCUGAGAUCAAACCCUUCACACAUCAGAGAACUGAAUCUGAGCGAGAACUAUUUAACAGACUCGGGAGUGAAAGUACUUUCUGCUCUACUGGAGGAUCCACACUGCAAACUGGAGAAACUGAGGCUUAUCAACUGUGGGUUUGCAGAGGAAGGCUGUGCUUCUUUGACUUCAGCUCUGAGAUCAAACCCCUCACACCUGAAAGAACUGAAUCUGAGCAAUAAUAACACAGGGGAUUCAGGAGUGAAGCUGCUCUCUAAUCUACUGGAGGAUCCACAUUGUAAACUGGAGAAACUAUGGUUGAAUUGCUGCAGCAUUGGUGAGCAAGGCUGUGUUGCCCUUGCUUCAGCUCUGAGAUCAAACCCCUCAAAUAUGAGAGAACUAAGCCUGAAGAAUAACAAUCCAGGAGAUUUAGGAGUGAAGCUGCUCUCAGCUCUACUGGAGGAUCCACAGUGUAAACUGGAGAAACUACAUAUUUAAUACCAGUCGCACAGUCAAGAUAAACUACUCCGGCUGCAAGCAAGACAGUGACCAAGACAGCAAGUCUUUGUGAUAACUAAGAGCUGCGGUAUCCAGAGUAAUGUCAGCAAACCACCAAGAAGAACCACAUCCAACAGGAGGAAAUGUGGACGCCAGAGGAAGCUGUCUGAAAGGGAUGACCGGCUGCUUACCAAAAAAAACAUCACUGCAGAAUUAAAAGUGCAGCUUGACACUCCGGUUUCUACCAAAACUGUUGGUCUGGAGCUCCACAGGGUCAAAAUACAUGGCCGGCUGCUAUAGACAAAAAUUUGGUCACUCAUGCAAAUGACAAACAUUGGUUUUAAUGGUGUCAACAGUGAAAAUCUUGGGCUGUGGACAAUGUGAAACAUGUAUUGUUCUUUGAUGAAUCCACCAUCACUGUCUUUCCCAUAUGCAGGAGAGUUACGGUGUGGAGAAGCCCCAAAGACAUUCCACCCAGACUGUUAAUGCCCAGAGUGAAACAUGGGGGUGGAUCAGUGAUAGUUUGGGCUCAAUAUCAUGGCAUUCCAGAGGCCCAAUAAUUGUGCUAGAUCGGCGCUGGGUCACUGCCAAGGACUACCCAACCAUUCCGCGCCCAAUGCUUCAAACGUUGUAUUGUGUAUCAGGAUGAUAAUGCACUAAAUACCUACAAUAAGACUGGUGAUGGUGUUUUGAUGAUCAUGAAAGUGAAGUUGAACAUCUUCCAUGGCCUGCACAGUCACUAGAUCUAAAUAUUAUUGAGCCACUUUGAGGUGUUUUGGAGGAGCGAGUCAGGAAAGGUUUUCCUCCACCAGCAUCACCUGAACACUAUUAAAA